AUGUGUAUAGGAGACGGCGCCCGCCCUGGCGCGGCAGGAGGAGGAGCGGGCGCGGGUCGCGCGCGACGAGGGCCUGCGGCUGCCGCCGGCGCUCGACUACGCGGCCGUGCCGAGCCUGAGCCACGAGGAGCGCAGGGUGCUCGCGCGGGCGCGGCCCGAGUCGCUCGCGCAGGCGAGGCGGAUCGAGGGCGUCACGCCCGCCGGCGUCCUGCAGCUGCUGCGCUACGUGCAGAGGCGGUAUCCCGUGGAGCCGCUGCAGCAGCAGCGCGGCGGUGGUGGCUCCUCGUCGUCGUCGUCGGCCGGGGCAUCUGCUGCUGCUGA